GAGCGUUCAGUGCUUGAUGGUGAGGCUCAAGUGUGAAAAAAACACCUUCUUAUUCUUGCACUGCAGAGGACAUCGCGCCGGAGUCGUGGGAAAAGUACUCGGUCAACAAUAUUGAAGCAUAGAAGUUGGUUCUGCGCGGGGUAUAAAAGGUGAGACUCUGAGCCAUCGGAGAACCACAUUGUGAGUGACGCCCAGAGAAAACUCCAGAGCGAGAAAGUGAAUUUCGCCAGCAAAACAAUGAAGAUCGCGUGGUUUAUUGCAUCUUUCGCACUCGUGUGCACUUUCUACAUCACUCAGGCGGAGGCCACCUGCCCCUGCCCUAGGAUCUACCUGCCCGUGUGCGGCACGGACGACAUCACGUACAGCAACAAGUGCGAAUUCGAUUGCGCCGCCAAGACGGCCAAAGGACGCAGCCUCAACCUCAGCAUCCGCUGGGAAGGACGCUGCGACCAGGAGUUGUGGUAAAUGAUUCACCCAGGGAGCGAGGACAGCUCAAUCCGUACAAAUAUGGUGGCCUUAGGAGUGACUAAUGGGAUAAUACCUUGCAGAAUCAAUAUGAUAAGAGAGCAACUCCGAUUUCCAACACCCUCUUAUCGAACUCUAUCGGCGAAAACACUUGCCAGCGGCAAGAAAAUCUUUUCAUUGAUUAAUUGAUAAUAAAAUGACACACUGAGGGAUUACAAA